AUGCGCCGCUUCCACGUGCGUGCAGUAGGGAACAGUGCAGUAGGAAAGAGUGCAGUAGGGAAGAGUGCAGUAGGGAACAGUGCAGUAGGGAACAGUGCAGUAGGAAAGAGUGCAAUAGGGAAGAGUGCAGUAGGGAAGAGUGCAAUAGGGAAGAGUGCAGUAGGGAACAGUGCAAUAGGGAAGAGUGCAGUAGGGAACAGUGCAGUAGGAAAGAGUGCAAUAGGGAAGAGUGCAGUAGGGAAGAGUGCAAUAGGGAAGAGUGCAGUAGGGAAGAGUGCAGUAGGGAAGAGUGUAAUAGGGAAGAGUGCAGUAGGGAAGAGUGCAGUAGGGAAGAGUGUAAUAGGGAAGAGUGCAGUAGGAAAGAGUGCAGUAGGGAAGAGUGUAAUAGGGAAGAGUGCAGUAGGAAAGAGUGCAGUAGGGAAGAGUGCAGUAGGGAAGAGUGCAGUAGGGAACAGUGCAGUAGGAAAGAGUGCAGUAGGGAAGAGUGCAGUAGGGAACAAUGCAGUAGGAAAGAGUGCAAUAGGGAAGAGUGCAGUAGGGAAGAGUGCAGUAGGAAAGAGUGCAAUAGGGAAGAGUGCAGUAGGGAAGAGUGCAGUAGGGAACAGUGCAGUAGGAAAGAGUGCAAUAGGGAAGAGUGCAGUAGGGAACAAUGCAGUAGGGAAGAGUGCAGUAGGGAAGAGUGCAGUAGGGAGCAAUGCAGUAGGGAACAGUGCAGUAGGGAAGAGUGUAAUAGGGAAGAGUGCAGUAGGAAAGAGUGCAGUAGGGAAGAGUGUAAUAGGGAAGAGUGCAGUAGGAAAGAGUGCAGUAGGGAAGAGUGCAGUAGGGAAGAGUGCAGUAGGGAACAGUGCAGUAGGAAAGAGUGCAGUAGGGAAGAGUGCAGUAGGGAACAAUGCAGUAGGAAAGAGUGCAUUAGGGAAGAGUGCAGUAGGGAAGAGUGCAGUAGGGAACAGUGCAGUAGGAAAGAGUGCAAUAGGGAAGAGUGCAGUAGGGAACAAUGCAGUAGGGAAGAGUGCAGUAGGGAAGAGUGCAGUAGGGAACAAUGCAGUAGGGAACAGUGCAGUAGGGAACAGUGCAGUAGGGAAGAGUGCAGUAGGGAACAAUGCAGUAGGGAAGAGUGCAGUAGGGAAGAGUGCAGUAGGGAACAAUGCAGUAGGGAACAGUGCAGUAGGGAACAGUGCAGUAGGGAAGAGUGCAGUAGGGAACAGUUAG